UCUGGUCUUCACUCGGCCACAUAUUCAUGAGUCUGGAACUCAUUAUGAAUUCACUCAACUCGGUGCUCUCUAUUUACACAAAAACUAUCACAUUCUCCAUCAUUCUUCUCCUUCUCUCUCCUGUACUCGGUUCCCUUACCCAUGAUCAUCUUCAGCCCCCUCCCUCUCCUCGUGAAUUGUUGAUCGAGGAUAAGACCAGGCUUGGAUCGACUCCGCCGAGUUGCCACAACAAGUGUAAUGGAUGUCACCCGUGCAUGGCCGUCCAAGUGCCUUCUAAUCUACCGAGUGAAAACCGAGUUGAAGCAGCGGGUUCGAACAGAAAAACAAUGAACAAGGCCAUGCAGUUCCUCGACCAGCCAUCAAUGGCCUCUGCAGAUAGAAGUAGUAAUAAUAAGUACUCCAAUUACAAGCCUCUGGGUUGGAAAUGUCGCUGCGGUGAUCACUUCUACAACCCAUAAACAGGGAAUAUACAUAUAUAUAUAUAUAGACUUACCGGUGGGUUCUGCUGAUUAUUAUUAUUAGGCUGCAAAUUAUUUUUUAUUUGUUAUAAUAAUAAA